AUGUCUCUGGCCUUAUAUAUCCUAGAUGAAGAUCUUCAUCUUCUCAUUCAUAGACAAUACAGACGAGAGUUAGAUAGUGCCAAGGUCAUCAAUAAAUUCCGGCGAUCCUACAUAGAGGCUUUGCCAGCUUGUUCUCCGGUACUUCGGUGUGGCAGCUGGACUUUUGUGUACGUGAAAUGUGAUUCUAUAUACUUGAUGAUGCCUGUUUAUGGAGAUGCCAAUGUCGUUUGCCUAAUUACUUUUCUGCACAAGUUUAUGGGUGUUCUUCGAAGUUAUCUCAGCUCGUAUGGGCAGAUGCAGCAGCCAGAAUGGAAAAUUGACGCAGACUCAAUACGUGACAAUUACAUUUUGUUGUACGAGCUCUUUGACGAAACACUAGAUUGGGGAAUUCCUCAACUGACCGAAUUCAGUAUUCUUAAGGAGUAUGUCCGUCCCCAAAACACCAACGUCAUUGAAUCUGAAAAGGGUGAUUCUGACGGCACUGAAAAGCAGAUCUCAAAUGAAGUCAAUGCUAGUAUUUCCCGAUCGUCAAUGGCAAAAAUAUCGUGGAGGCCUAAAGGUAUAUUCUAUGACAAAAACGAGUUUUUCAUGAAUUUCGAGGAGCACUUGAAGUUCAAAUAUAAUUUCAAGGCCAGACGGUUGAUGCUAAACACGAUAUCUGGUGAAAUCAACUGUACAAGUUAUUUAAGUGGAAUGCCUACACUCAAAUUAGAGCUUAACGAGCCAUUUAAGAGAGAGUCCGUGGAAAAUGCGACAUCUUUGUCGAUCUCUUCUGCCAAUUCCAUCUUCAGCAACGUUAAUUAUCAUCAAUGUGUGCAAAUUGAUGACUCGGAUGAGCAUUUAUUGACCUUCAUACCGCCGGAUGGGCGUUUCAAGUUGCUUUCAUAUCAAAUAUUGCAUACGGACUCACUCCGGCCCCUAAUCGUGAUCAGGCCCAGGUACAUUGUAUACAGUAAGGACGGUCAUUAUAGACUUAGAAUCAAGUUGAAGAUCUUGACUACUUUCAAGCGGAAAUACAACAUGUCGGAUAUUUCAAUUGUGCUGCCGCUUUUCGUCCCGGUUGAUAAUCUUGUUUUCGAUUUCGACAAACCUUUCAGAUUCAGCACGAAAAUUGGAAGAGUGGUGCAUAAUUUGUGUGAAAAUACCAUCACAUGGCAGAUAUCGAGAAUGGAUGGUCUUAGUAGAGGGCAGAUGGUUUCUGAGUUUGAACUAACAACAAGACAGCAUGUUGACUAUGAACACAGGCAAAACAUAUUUCACAAUAGGCAGACGAAAAAUGACAUUGUCUAUUAUCAUUUAAGGACGAAAUUGGACAAACUCCGAGGAACAAUCGCAGAUUCUGAGCUUAGUAGUGCUUUGGAGAGUACGACAAGCAUUGGAGUAUUUACAGAGAAAAAUUUGAUCAUCACUGUGAAUUUCACUCUUGAAGCAAUGCUGUACAGUGGGCUUAAGGUGAAUUUCUUGCAGGUUCAGGAACCAGAACUACAAUUCGAGGCAUUUCCUUGGGUGAGAUAUCGAAUUUCUUGUGGAAAGGGAGAUUAUCUGUUUGUAAUGUGUGAUGAUCAGAUAUACAAUAGGCUCAGUAAAGCAGAGUUGGACCAUAUUCAUCAAUCGAUUGAAGAAAUUAAGAAGGAGGAAGAUGCUUUGAAUUCAGAUACGGAUCGAACCAAAGUUAAGGAAGAAGAGGCUUCUUCACAAGUAAGCGAAGGGAAACUAUCUUCACAAAAAGUAGAUGGAAGUAAUGAGAGAUAUAAAAAGAAGGCUCCGGCGUUUGAGGAGUACAAGCUUGAGGGUGAAGAAUGA